AUAUUGGAGGAUGACCUUACAAGGUUGGAUAGUAGGGUGUUGAAGGUUGAUUUUGAAAACGGUGAAAUCAAGUGUUCCUGCCGUAAGUGGGAGUCAAGUGGUAUGAUCUGUAAGCAUCAAAUUAAGGGAUAUGAUAUGUUGUGGUCUACAACAUGCAAUCUGAAGUUCCAGCACAUUCCUAGCAGUUUGAUUUUGAAGCGGUGGACAAGGGCAGCGAAAACUGGAGGGAACUUUUCUUUUGAAGUUCCGUCUACUGAUAGUCCAUCGAAAUACCGUUCUCGUCUUUUCAAUCUGUCAGCUGUUUCUGCAUCAAUGAUCAGCAGGGUUGCAUUGGAUGAUGAUUUGUAUAAAUCAGCCAUUGUCUUCAUGACUGAUUUGAUCAAAAAGUGUGAAGCCCUAUCGAUUACUGAACCUGCUGGAACAAGCACGUCUUCUAACGGUGACAAUGAUGUACCGGUCCAAAAAGUGAAGGGGUUUAAGCCUAAAAAAGAUUCAUUCAAGCCUUCGAAACGACCAAUUCCAGUUGCGGAGGUUGCAAGGGCUGUAAGUAAGAAGAAGAGAAAAACUAGCAGGCUUGAGGAGGAGAAUUUGAAGGCUGUUGAAGAAAGUUUAAGGCUGAAGCUGUAAUAGUUUUCUUAGAGGAUUAUCUGAAUGAAUGGUUGAUGCUGGUUGAGUUGUUGAAGCUAUUUUGUUCUUUUGGAUUGGUUUUUGGUUUUGUUGGAUUAAUUUUACAAUGUUAUACCAUGUGGUAUAAUGUGGUAAUUUGAUUUUAUCAUGUCAAACCAGGUGGUAAAAUGUGCU